AUGUCUCCCUUAACAUGUCCGACCAAGAGCGUCGACAUUGUGGCCAUCCACCAGAAGGACGUGGAUUUCUCGCUGGCAAAUGAGAUCCGACGAGGCAUCGCCCCGCCUGCUGGCACUCCACGCUCCAUGCCCACCAUGCUGCUGUACAACGAGCACGGUCUGAAGCUCUUCGAGGAGAUCACUUAUGUGGAAGAGUACUAUCUGACCAACGCGGAGAUCGAGGUGCUCCGCACCUACGCCCAGCGGAUUGUGGCGCGUAUCCCAGAUCAUGCGCAAUUACUAGAGCUAGGAAGCGGAAACCUGCGCAAGAUCGAGAUCCUGCUGCGCGAAUUUGAGGCGGCCGGCAAGCACGUCGACUACUACGCGCUCGACCUGUCUCUGCCGGAGUUGCAGCGCACCUUUUCCGAGGUCUCGAUUGACGAGUUCGGUUGCGUCGAGUUCCACGGGCUGCACGGUACGUACGACGACGCGGUGGCGUGGCUUGGCCAGCCCGCCAACCGUACCAAGCCGACGGUGAUCAUGUCGAUGGGCUCGUCCAUUGGGAACUUCGACCGCACCGCCGCGGCGGAGUUUCUGGGCCGGUUUGCGCGGCUGCUGGGGCCGGAGGAUCUGAUGGUCAUCGGGUUGGACGCAUGUGGCGACCCCGAGAAGGUGUUCCGGGCCUAUAAUGACUCGCAGGGCGUGACGCGGCGGUUUUAUGAGAACGGGCUGGUCCAUGCCAAUGCGGUGCUGGGGUAUGGAGCCUUUCGGUUGGAGGACUGGGAGGUGGUCACUGAGUAUAAUGCGGCCGAGGGAACGCAUCGGGCGUUCUAUGCGCCGAAGCGGGAGGUCACGGUGGAGGGGACGGUGAUUCCCCAGGGCGAGAGGUUGAUCUUCGAGGAGGCGUACAAGUAUGAUGCGGCGCAGCGGGAGCAGUUGUGGCAUGAUGCCGGGUUGAUUCAUAAGGUGGAGUAUGCGAAUGAGGGGGGAGAGUACCAUCUGCAUAUUCUGUCGUCGGCGGUGCUGUCCUACCCAACCCGGCCCUCACAGUAUGCUGCAAGUGCCGUCCCUUCCUACGAAGAGUUCCAGAAGCUCUGGACGGCGUGGGACAUUGUUACCCGAUCGAUGGUGCCCCGCGAGGAGCUACUUUCAAAGCCGAUCACGUUGCGUAACGCCUUGAUUUUCUAUCUGGGUCAUAUUCCGACAUUCUUAGACAUCCACCUGACUCGCGCACUCGGCGACGAGCCAACCGCCCCCAAAUCCUACCAGGCCAUCUUCGAGCGCGGCAUCGACCCCGACGUCGACAAUCCCGAGAAAUGCCACUCGCACAGCGAGAUUCCGGACGAAUGGCCCGCGGUCGACGAGAUUCUGGACUACCAGGAACGAGUUAGAGGUCGGGUCCGCGCAAUCUACCAGACAAAAGACCUCUCCCGGGCUCGCACCCUCGGGGAGGCGCUGUGGAUCGGCUUCGAGCAUGAAGCCAUGCACCUCGAGACUUUUCUGUACAUGCUUAUCCAGAGCGAGCGUAUUAACCCCCCGCCUGCUGUUGCCAAACCGGACUUUGCGAGGAUGUUUCACGAUGCGCGCGAGCGCCAGAAGCCGAACGACUGGUUCACCAUCCCGGAGCAGACCGUGAAGGUCGGACUCGACGACGAUGGAGAGUCCAUGCCGGGGGUGUCGUACGCGUGGGACAAUGAGAAACCUGCGCGAGCCGUGAGCGUUAAAGCGUUCCAGGCACAGGGUCGGCCGAUCACGAAUGGCGAGUAUGCGAAAUACCUGCAGGCGAGUCAAACGGCGCAGACCCCAGAGUCCUGGGUGAAAGUGGGCUCAAAGGGAGCGCAGGUUGCACAAUCAAAUGGCUGCCACGGGACGGGCGGGGAGGAGUACUUGAGGCAGUUGGCUGUGCGAACCGUCUUCGGCCCCGUGCCCUUGGAGUAUGCGCAGGACUGGCCGGUCAUUGCCUCGUAUGACGAGUUGGCGCAGUACGCCCGGUCGGUGGAUUGUCGGCUUCCGAGCUUCGAGGAGGUGAAGAGUAUCUAUGCCUAUGCGAACCGGGUGAAUGGCGCAGUCAAUGGCCACAGCGAGAUCAACGGGGUCAACGGCCAUGCGAUUGGCGUUACCACGACCAAGUUGAGCUCCCAGUCGCCAUAUGUAUCCCAGCCCAUCUUUGUGGAUCUGGAGAAGUGCAACGUCGGCUUCAAGUACUGGCACCCAACUCCCGUCACCCAACACGGCGAUCGCCUCGCGGGACAUGGCGAACUAGGCGGGGUCUGGGAAUGGACGAGCACUACCCUGGAGCCACAUGAGGGAUUUGAGGCGAUGAAGAUUUAUCCAGGAUAUACAUCCGACUUCUUCGAUGGCAAACACAAUAUCAUCCUCGGGGGAUCGUGGGCGACUCAUCCUCGGAUCGCGGGACGCACAACCUUUGUCAAUUGGUAUCAGCGGAACUAUCCUUAUCCUUGGGCGGGGGCUCGGUUGGUGAGGGAUCUUUGA